AGCUACGGUGAGGGAGGUGAGGCUGCAACAAGUGUGGACGUACAAUGAACAAGAGAGUGAGUUCCUUGCAGCUGUUUCAAAGAGAGUAAGAGACACACGGUGAGAGAGGGAGAGGGAGGGAGCAAGAGCAAGAGGAAGGAGGCUGAGAGGGAGGAGAGGGGAAAAAAGAAGCCAACUCAUCUGACAGUCUGUGGGCCAAAGAAAGGGGAAGAGCAGGAGCUCUGGUUUUCAAAAAAGAGUGGAAAAUUCAAGUUGGAGAGAAUCAAGAUAAUAAGUAGGAAAAGUCACAGGACGGAGAGUCUGCACAGAGGGUGAACGGGCGAGACGUCUAAACUCAACAACUGAACAAAGGAAGAAAAAGGGGUUAAAGCAGGGACGCUGCCAACAUCUACAGAAGAACGAGAACAGGAUGUCGACGCUGUCAUCAGAAACCAGUGCAUCAGACGCCAACAACCGCAGCUUCUGGAUGCCUGGGAAUUACCAGCGCACGGUGAAACGGACAGAAGAUGCCUUCCAGGCCUGUAAUGACAUAGUGGCGUGUUUUCAAGAGAGAGCGCGGGUGGAGAGGCAGUACGCCCAGCAGCUCAGCGAGUGGAGCAACAAGUGGAAGCCGGUGGUGGACUCCACUCCUCUCUACGGCUCUCUUCUGAAGGCCUGGCAGUGUUUUCUGUCCUCUGCCGAUCGGCUGGCCAACUUACACGGCUCCGUCUGCCGCUCGCUGGUGUCGGAGGACGGGAACCAGGUCAGAACGUGGCAGAGGGACUCCUUCCACAAGAAGUUAUUUGGAGGCUUCAAGGAGUCUCAGGACAUCGACACAGGCUUCGCACGUGCUCAGAAGCCAUGGGCCAAAAAACUAAAAAAGUUGGAUAAAGCCAGGAGGGCGUACCAUAAGGUGAGCCGCAAAGAGCAGGCAGCCAAGGAGAGAGAAGCACACGCUCAGGGAAACCCAGAUGUUGCCAUUGACAAACAGAAGAAGAUCCAGGAGGAAAGGGAAGUGGCUCAACAGGAGGCUGAGAAGGUUCGCGCUCGGUACGAAAAAAUCCUGGAGGAAGUGAACCGCUACGCUCCACGCUACAUGGAGGAGAUGGAGUCUGUCUUUGACCAGUCCCAGGAAGAGGAGAGGAAGAGGAUCGUCUUCCUCAAGCAGGCCUUCCUGUCCAUCCAUAAACACCUGGACGUGACCACCAACGAGAGUGUAAAAGCUGUGUACAGUGAGCUGAACAACACACUGCUGGCCAUCGAUGAGCAGGAGGACCUCCGCUGGUGGAAAAACACCCACGGUCCUGGAAUGCCCACAGACUGGCCUCACUUUCAGGAGUGGAUACCUGAGAAGAAAGUCAAAAAAGGGAAAAAGGUUGUGGAAAAGAAACAAGAACUAAUUGAGAAGAGUGUAAUGAUUGGUGGAGUGAGGGUCAGAUCUCUGUACGACUACGUUGGCCAGGAAACUGAUGAGCUGUCCUUUAAAGCAGGCAAAGCAGGUGAGGAGUUUCUGAAGAUCGAGGACGAAGAUGAUCAAGGCUGGUGUCGAGGGAAGAAGGACGAUGGGUGGGAGGGGCUUUACCCUGCCAAUUACGUAGAGGUGGUGUAGCGUGUCAGGUGUAUGUGGGCUGCAGACGAUUACAGCAGACGAUGUAGCCCGGCUCCAUGUCUGUGUCAACGAGUUACAGUCGGCAGUGAGCCGUUAGCCAAAGAUGUUGUUUUGCUGUGAGGAGGCCGUCGCACUUAUAGCUGGAUAUUUUAACAUAUAGAGAUUUGAUAACACUCGGCACACAUUGUAUAAUCUUCUGAAGGAUACGGACAAAUGUUUUAAUAUAUAGAGUGUGCAUAGACCACUAGUAUUGAAGCCAUAUGAUAAGCAAUGUUACAGUGUAAAAACAAAAGUGUACGUAUGCAGAACUUUUAAGGUGCUGUUUGGAGCUGAAGUUGCAGUACAAGAGAAAUACUUCCUACGGAGCUGGUUUUUACUCUACUUGCACCUCAUCACGUUGCUGUUAAAAUACUUAGAACAUAUGAAGAAAUAUAUGCUAGCACUGUGAGUAGAAAUAUUCAAUAGCAACUUGGUCCUGGAGAUGGAAGAGUCCGGACGUCUCCUGACGAUCUGCCUCCAUCUCAUCCAUACUUCCACCUUCUCUACCAUCUCCAUGUUCUUCUGCACUACAUCCAUGACCCCUCGCUGGGGUCUUCUUUGUUUCCCCUUUUGCCUGGCAGCUCCAUUUCCAUCAUCUCAUCUCACGUAUGUCCACUAUCUCUUGUCUGCACAUGUUCACUUAUUUCUGUAGGUACCGUUGAGGUUGAAAUGUAGAGGAACGUGGUUGUUUGCUGUUUUGCCCUCGGUGAUAUAAAUCACAGAUGAAUAUCACCGCGGUGUGCUAGUGGCAUCCACACACAUUCCAGGAAAUCACAUGGCAUCAUUCUUCGUUUCAUAAAAUCAAUGAAUAACAGUAUUUAAAGCUGAAGCAUCCCAGUGGAAGGCCCACAGAGUUGUUGUAAAAUUCCAGGGAUCUUUAUUGUACAUUUCAGCCUAUUGUUUAGGGCUGUGUGACCUGCAGCUGUUGUUUUGGUCUGCUCCCACUGCUCUCAGGGCCUUGAUGUCGUCUGGAGCAGGCGGCUGAUUUAAUUAAGACAGCUCUCAAAAUGCCACUGCACACUAAUUCUUAGCAACAAACAGAAGAUGGGCACCGUUAGCGGGGAACAAAAGGGGAACAUUUAGCAGCUAAAGAACCAUAUGUUUCCCUUGGGAGAUAGCGGCGAGUUAAACAGUGCUAAGGAGGAAGAGAGCGAGUUAAAAUCACUAGACUGAUGUUUGUCAGACUAGAGGAAAGGGCUGCUCCGUCAGAUUUGUACGGAUUCUGUUCUCGCGGAUCGACCCGGAUGACAGAAGUGGGAACUUCGCUCAACAUGAAAUUCAUAUGCUUUAAUUUAAGGUGUAACAUGCGUCUCGUCAAAUUACAUAUUUUGGUUAUUGUUGCAUUUUAAGUUGGAGUAUCAACUUCCUGGUUUUGCAUGAACAUGAAUCUUGCUACGUUUCUUAUUGUAGAGGAACUGCUCUCAGUUCUAGGAUUUUCAGGUCUUAACAUGUUUGAAACACAACAAAAAUGUUCAGAAAUGAAGCCUUUUCAUCUCCUGGUGACGCCAAACACUCACAUUUCUCACCUGGUCAGAUUGUUCCUUGUCAGAAUUAACUGUCGGCUGUUUUUCUUUUCUCUCUAAAUGUGCAGUAGUAUAGCUUUUAAAAAGUGGCUUAAAAAAAUAAGAAAGCGCCUGACUUGCUUCGUCUGUCGUCUGUUGUACCUGUGUGUGUAGCUCACAUGUAAUAACUUGCAUAUAUGCUACAAAAACAAUUUUUUGAAUACCGUCUGCCAUUUUAAAAUAAAAAAUAAAAGUCAACUGUUACAGCAGCAAAUGUGUUGAAAUGACGGAGGAAAGAAUGACGAUGGUCAUGUGUGUCGGUUUAAAGACGACAAAGAGGGAACUGUUGAAACACCAUGUCAUUCUCUAUCUUCACACGUACAGAUCUGAUGCAAAGUCUCUUCUAAGAACCACAUCACAUACCGGCCAGUGAUGCAGUCACACAGCCAUAAGUUGCCCUCAGCCAUGUACAGCAGCCCGCUGUCGUGUGAAAUUAGGAUCACGAGCAUGAAUCUGAGGCUCGUCAUGUUUACAUUCUCCACUGGAAUGUUACAGUCUACUCACAGGCCGAGGGGAGAAUGGAGGAAUUUCAGUUUCCACUGCAGUGGUGGAGAUGAUGAUGUUCACUGGAAGGAAUGUCCUCACCUGAUGACAGAGUUUUGUCAGUGGUUCCAAAACCAGAAGGAUUUGACCAGUGACAACCUAAUAAUGGUCACUGAAGUUCUCACAUACGCUGUGCUGCUUCAAACUACAUUUUAUGAUUACAUUUAAAUAAAAGAGGAUACACGAAAACAUUU